GCGACUGCGGUGCCGGAAGACUACCUGUUCCCGCCGGGCGACGACUCUGAGAAACCAGGACAAAGAGGGAAUUUCCUAUUCAUUUACGGUCACGAAGACACGCCACAUAUCUACAUAAGGAGCCCGUACUACACCGUCGGCGUGUUCGACAACAACGGGUGUUCGCUGUCAUUUCAAAUGCACACCAACGUCUCGGUGCCCAGUCAAGUGUCGAUAAUGCUAAAGACCGAGAAUUAUACGUCAUUAAUUCAGGAUAAUGUCGAAAACAACUCUCCCAUAUUUUGGGAGAAAAAGAAAAUAUUGUUGGGUCGACAGACAAGACAAGUUAUUAUUGAAAUAAAUAUCAAGCCUGGGUCACAUGUCGCCAUUGAUGACAUUAGACUAGAAGAUUGUUUACCAGAAUACUUUACUGGCAUAACUGAUAACGGUUGUCCAACAGACUCACACUUUCUGUGCUCUGAUAACAUGACAUGUAUACCUUAUCAUCAUGUCUGUGACAUCAGUCCAGAUUGUCCCGAUGAAACCGAUGAAACCGAAAACUGCUUUCUCGUACCCACCGAAGCUCGAUGUACGUUCGAGUCUGGGUUCUGCGGAUGGCGGAACGCGUCUGGCGAAAUGUCUCUGACGUGGAAACUGUACAAAGGCGACCGACACAAAUUUACCGGCCCGAAAUGGGAUAAUACUUUCCGCAACCGAACUGGUACCUACGCUUACGUAGACAUGUCCGGAUCGUCCUAUCUAGGGGCGACUGCACGCAUGGACAGCAUACAUUUCCACCCACCACCGACGUACUGUUCCGACACGCAGUCGAAAUAUUACAAUUCUUGUUAUAUAUCAUUUUUUUACCACAAAUAUGGUUCACAUAGUGGUACUUUGGGACUGUAUUUGGUCGAAGCCCAUGGUGAGGUAGACCGUGUGAGAAGAUUAUGGUGGAGUUUCGGGACAUAUGGGAAUACAUGGCUUCGAACCGUUGUUUAUUUAGUAAACAUCACAACCAGCUAUUAUUUACAGUUUGAAGCUCGGAAACUACUGUCGGUAAAAGGAGAUGUGGCGAUUGACGAUAUAGCUAUGAGUCCAAAAUGUUUCGGUUUAGAUGUACCAGAAGACGUACUCAAGGGAUACAAGUAUGAAGCUGCUGGAACAGUAAAUAAUACGGCAACACUCAUGAAGAUUCCCAUCAAUCCGGAUUUCAGGAACAAAAUCGUUUAUAAAUUUACGACUUGUGGAUCAAAGGGUAGACUGGGCCCGAGUAAUAGGUCGUGUGAAGCUGCAUACACAAAUACUACUGUGUCUGUGAUAGUGGUUAACGACACAUACAUGGAUGGAGUACAGAUUUGGCAUAUACCUGAGACUGGAGUGUACACUAUUAUAGCGAGAGGAGCUCGUGGCGGCAAGGGGGCUGACGGAAUGGGCAUUUCAAAGGGAGCCACGGCCAUCGCGGUCGUUGAGUUGUCCAAGCACCAACAGUUGCACAUAUUGGUCGGUCAAGAAGGCGGAGACGCUUGCCGUAAAACGUUUGAAAAACGCGACGACGCGUGCCAGCAAGAACAAUACUUCAGGACCGGGAGCGCCCUGAAAGAAUUGCACGACUUGCGCCUGCUCAACGGCGGUGGAGGCGGUGGAGGCGGAUCUUUUGUUUUUACAGGCUCGCGGGAAGAAGGAUUCUUACCGUUGGUGAUUGGUGCUGGAGGAGGUGGUUUGGCACACGGACCAUUCAAGGACGACAGGAGUCAACAUGGUAAUGGCACCAACAUGAGAUUACCAGCGAUCACCGCACCAUCAUUUGGUGAAAAUCCCGCAGGUGCUGGUGGCGGUUGGGCUCCGGGAAACUAUACGGAAGACAAAAAAUCCACUGGCUCGGCGUUGCUGGGGACUGGCGGUUUUGGAAGCGAUGGAGGUGGCGUCGGCGGCCUGGCGUGUUACAAGAGCCGAGGCAACACCAAAGGAUUUGGAGGAUUCGGUGGAGGUGGUGGUGGAUGCGUUGCCGGCGGUGGAGGUGGCGGUUUCACUGGUGGUCGCGCUUGGAGCAACAGUCAGACGAACGGCGAGGGCGGCUGGUCGUACUUGCCGGACAACCAGCACGUGUUCUACAGGGCAGUGUAUCCAGGCAGCAACUACAAGUCCGGAACAGUGUACAUCAUACCCGCCAUCGUGGGUUGUGGGUGUGCGUACCUAUGCGCCGCGACCAAUCAGUUGCGCAGCUCGGUCGUCUGUAUAUGUCCGUCCGACUUCAAGCUCGGGCCCGACGGCAAGUCCUGCAUAUAUCAAUCAACGGAGACGACAAAAAUUAUAUUUUUAAUCACUGGAAGUGUAUUUACAGUUGUAAUUAUUUGCUUAAUCUUAGGAAUUUGGAUGUAUAGAAGUUAUCGAAGACGAAAAGAACGCAAAGAAAAUGUCAAUAUACUUCACAAUGGAAUUUUAAAUUACGAUAUGACAUCGAGAAACAGAAAUGGAAAUGUAGACAUCAAUCCUACUUAUGAUUUCAAUGGAAGGACUUUGACCACGAACGACCUUCCAAGAAUAUUAAGGGAUGAAUUAAGAAUACAAAAAUCUAUUGGCGAAGGAGCUUUUGGUGUGGUGUACCGUGGGUAUUAUAAAAAGACGGGAGAAACGAACGAAAUGCGUGUCGCGAUAAAGACUCUCCAACCGAAAAAAGACAUGGCCAACGUGGAGGUGAAAUUCGACGACGACAACACUCCUAAUCCAGAAGUCGAAAGGGAAAAAAGACAGAGGAUCAAAAGGGCUGAACUAUCUUGUAUACGUGACUUCCUGACCGAAGCCAUCAUAAUGAGUCAGUUUAAUCAUCCGAACAUUGUGAAAUUCAUCGGAAUCACUUUCGAAAAGAACUAUAGGUUCAUCGUUACAGAACUUUUGAGUGGCGGUGACCUGAAAGAAUUUUUACGCAAAAAUCGCCCUUCAGUUCAACAAAAUCACAAAAUCAUUCCUAUAAAGUUAAAAGAUUUAUUAAAAAUGGCACUGGACAUUGCCAAGGGCUGCGUAUACUUGGAAAAUCUUCAUUUUAUCCACAGAGAUAUUGCUGCCAGAAAUUGUUUACUGUCUACGACAGGCCGUGGCAGAGUAACGAAAAUCGCCGAUUUCGGAAUGUCUAGGGAUGUAUAUAGAAACGAGUACUACAGAAAAGACGGUCAAGCAAUGUUGCCCAUUAAAUGGAUGCCAACAGAGUCGUUGAUAGAUGGCGUUUUUAAUUCAAGAACUGAUGUUUGGUCUUAUGGAAUCACGUUUUGGGAAAUCAUGACAUUUGGAUCUAUGCCAUACACGGGCAUGACGAACAAAGAGACAAUGAAUUAUGUUAUGAGAGGUGGGCGUUUAUCUAGACCAGUUAUUUGUCCAGAACCUGUGUAUAAGUUAAUGGGCAGCUGCUGGAAGACAAAUCCUCAAACUAGGCCUACGUUUGAGUACAUUCGCAAUAAGCUUCGACUCUUUAUACAAGAUCCAGCCAUCAUUGAUUUCAAACCUCCGGUGAUCGGCAGGCCUGCGGCGCAGCUUCCGUACCGAGCGACUCAUCCGCUGGACGAUAAUGCGCCGCCGGAUGGUGUUCUUCGGGCUCACGAUUGCGUCACCGGAAGCGGAGGCAUCCAUCAGCUGUCCCAAAACGAACACCAAGAAGAACCGCAAUACGUGACUCCACUUCCGGCCGACGACAUGUUCGAUGGUGUGGACGCGGAAAUGAUGAGGGACGCCGAGAGGUUUGGCAGGUUCCGGGGCAGCAACGAGAUGGCUCCGCUGAACGACGACGACGACGAUGACGGCAAUGACAGUGGUGGUGACGAAGAGGACGAGGAUGAGGACGAGGACGCCGUGAACACUGGUGAAGUGGACGAUGAGGUUGACGACGACGAUGACGACGACGACGACGACGAUGAACAGAACGUAGAAGAGGAGGAGGACGACGACCCAAACGGCGCGGAGAUCGUCCUGGACGCUGACACCAAUCGGUUCGACGAGGACGAGGACGACGCGUACGGAGACAACAACGCCAGAAGCAACGGUCCUGUGACGUCGUAUCACUGGAAUAGGUUCAAAGAGACGAGUUUCAUCAGCAUGAAGGAACCCAACACCAAACAAACGGGUGCAGACGGCCAGACAAAUCCGUCUAAAAGAAGAAAGUCGUUCUCCGAACUCGAAGACAACAGGCCCAACCCUUAUUCGUUGACCGGUCGCGUUCGAUACAACGUGGCGAGUGACGGGAAAAUAAGAUGCUGACAUCCGGACUCAAGGACUUCGGUUAUCGAGUCCUUGGAAAUGUUAUAAAAUGUCCUUGCACGCAGCAUGUACAAUGUUUAUACUCUGUUUUGACGUACGACUGUUGUAAAUAUUUUUUUUUCAUUUUUAACUCACGUCAUCUACCUGUAAAAUAAUUGUUUCAUUUUAACGAUAUAUCAUACACAUCUAAGUGUACACAAGUAACUGUGACCUAAAUUAACAGACUAAUAACUGCGCAUCAAGCUAUGCGUAUAAGUAAAAAUUAUUUAAAACAUCUAACAGUAAACAGUAAAAACAUACGUUUAUAAUAAUAUUGGUCAUUUGGUGAAUAAAACUUAAUGUGGGUACCGCUAAAACGUAUUAAUUAUAUACCAUGCUUAAGCAUUGUUCGAUAAGGUAAAGAUGACAUAUGAAGUACAUAUUUUGAAAUCUCUUUAAUAUCAUAAAAUUUUAAUUAUAAUAUUAAUAAUUUGUUGUACUUUAAACCAUAAAGUACAUUUAAAUA